AUGGGUUCACUGGGUUCAUGUAGUACCGGAGCCGCCUCCUCUUCCUCCUCUUCCUCAGCCCGGCUGCUUCUCCUCGGUGAACCGGGACCUGAGUAAACCUGAGCUGCUCCAUGUUGGUGCACAGGACGGAACAUCUGAUUGUGACCCUCUCAUCCAGGACACCGGAUCAGCUGAUGACUCCGAACAUGCUGCCAUUUUCAGUGUGAUGGCGGACAGCCUUUGUCCUGCUGGAGGAAUCGAACAUGACGGCUGCUGACGGCUGCUGCAGAGCGAUGGAUCGAGGCCGAGCCAAGCUGGCGGCGGAGGCUCUUCCCAGAGCGGCGCUCCCCCCCCCGCAGCAGCAGCCCCCGGGCUCCGACAUCCAGGAGCUCGCGUCGAAGCGCGUGGACAUCCAGAAGAAGCGCUUCUACCUGGACGUGAAGCAGAGCGUGCGCGGCCGCUUCCUGAAGAUCGCGGAGGUUUGGAUCGGGAGAGGCCGCCAUGACAAUAUCCGGAAGAGCAAGCUGACUCUGUCCAUGUCCGCGGCCCCGGCGCUGCGCUGCUGUCUCGGGGACUUCAUCGACUACUACGCGCGCAUCGGGCUGCGGGGCCUCGGGCUCGCGCCGCUCGACGAGCCGCACAGCAACGGACAGGGCCGCGUGCUCGAGCCCCGCAGGAGAGCGCAGGAGCACGCGCCUCUGUCUCCCGCCGGGUCCGCCGCGUCCGACGAGCACGCGCAGCGCGUGCUGAAGAGCGAGCUGAUCGAGCGCGACAACCGGAAGUACUUCCUGGACCUGAAGGAGAACCAGCGCGGCCGCUUCCUGCGCAUCCGCCAGACGGUGAGCAAGGGCCACGGCACCAUGGGCUACUACGGCCAGGGAAUCGAACACACCAUCGUUCUGCCCGCGCAGGGCCUCAUCGAGUUCCGGGACGCCCUGUCGCAGCUCAUCGAAGACUACGGGGACGACGACGGGGACGAGCGCGGCCGAACCGGCUCCCGGACCCAGGAGGACGAGGACGACAGCCCCGAGCUGCCCGAGGCCGCGUCCUUCCGCGUGGACAACAAGAGGUUCUACUUCGACGUGGGGUCCAACAGGUUCGGAGUGUUCCUGAAGAUCAGCGAGGUCCGGCAGCCGUACCGGAACACCAUCACCGUCCCGCUGAAGGCCUGGGCCCGGUUCGGAGACAACUUCCUCCGCUACGAGGAGGAGAUGAGACGGAUUUUCACUUGUCACAAAGAGAAGAGGACAGAGACGAGACAGGACAGCGAGGAGCAGGAGGACUGACCCGGACUGGAGCUCUGGGAGCCCCUGCAGGGGCCCCACAUGUCCCUGCAGACAUGUCCUCCAGGGACCCUGCAGACAUGUCCCUUGAUGUCCUCCAGGGGCCCUGCAGACAUGUUCUCCAGGGACGUGCAGACAUGUCCUCCAGGGGCCCUGCAUACAUGUUCUCCAGGGGCCCUGCAGACAUGUCCCAUGAUGUCCUCCAGGGGCCCUGCAGACAUGUCCCUUGAUGUCCUCCAGGGGCCCUGCAGACAUGUCCUCCAGGGGCCCUGCAGACAUGUCCUUCAAUAGUCUCCAUGAUGAACAGUGUGUGUCCCCUCAACCUUACAGCACCUGAACUGUUUGGUUCCCCCCCCAAGGGCUGGUUAAUGACUAAUCUGAACCUGCCAAGAAUCCAAUCAUUCAUCUUCAUCUUCAUCUUCAUCUCUCAGUGCUGUUUAAUGCACUUUAACAGAUGAAGGAGCAGACACAUGAAUUGAGGAGUUAUUGUUGCUAGAAGAUGUGAGGAGACUUAUAAUAAUAAUAAUCACUUGAAUUUAGGAUUUAAGUUCAAAUCCAACCAGGUGUGUAAACGUGAUUGACACAUUGUUUUUAAAUGUGAGACAGUUUUGGACUCGAUGUGUAAAGACCUUAAAUCACAGCUGUUUAUUCAUAAUGUGGUGAAACCACUUUAAUCCUUUAACCCCCCACUGACCCCUGGACCCCGAGCAGGACUUUGAUCUUUGAACACACCAGCAGAUUUAAGUGACGCCUGCAGCCCACAUGGGACGAUGUUGCCUGGCAACACUUCUCGGUGUGACAGGCGAUGAUGCAGGAGCUGGUGGAGGUGUUGUGAUGUGUGUGGCUGUGACGUCAUAACGGUUCAAAUGUGGCCUCGCUACAAGCUCACACACACACACACACACACACACACACACACACACACACACACACACACACACACACACACACACACACACACACACACACACACACCCCUAUCCAAGUGCUGAAAGGUCUUUUUCAUUCUAUCCAACGCAGGCACUUAGUCCACGAACACAGGAAUGUGUUUCCGUAGCCGAGACACAUUCACUUACUAAUAUUGAAUAUUGGAGCUUCUACUUGAACUGAAGGGACAGAACAGGAAGUUGUAUGAAUGAAGCAGAGAAGACGUCUCAUGGUGGAAGAGAUGGUUUCAGGCGGAGAAGACAGAGGCUGCUGUCGCACAAACACACGUCUCAUUGUUCUUGUGUAGUUGGAUUAUUUAGACUACACAGUAAUUACAGCCUCAGAUUUACACACUUAAUCUUAAGUAAAGUCUUUACACGCAUGUUGUGCUGAGCAAACAGUCGGUGUUCAGUUCGUCUCCUCUGGCCGAGCAGCAGCCGUCGUUUGGCAGCGCUGUGCACGAGUCGUCAAAGACAACGACCUGGGGCGUGGACAGAUGUCCCAGGGGGCAGCUGACGUGUCCAGAUCCAUCGUGGACGAGGCGUCCAGUCCAUGAAUGUAUUUAAAGAUGGACGACACAUCUCUGCCCAAAUAAAUUGGAUGCAGACGCUGCCGUCUCGAGCCACCGCGUCCCACUGCUACACCCACCUGACCAAUCACGAGCCAGUCUCAGCUGUCAAUCAUGACGUCUCAGCCCAUUUUUAACUAAUAGCUGAAAAAACUAAAUGAAACAAACACGAAAACAAAACUUGACCAUGCAUCAACUACCUAAAAUGACAGAAACCUUGGUUUGGUAUUUAAUUUUCAGGUUCUGUCCACGUCCCAUCUGACAAUAUGGACCUAUACUGCAGCCAGACAGCAGGGGGCGAUGGAGAUGUUUUGGCUUCACUUUUAUGAGUUGUCUUGUCGUCCAUCUUUAUUUACAGUCAUUGUUUGUGUUUGCGCUGGAGACCAGCCGAACCCGGGUGUUUCUGUCUCAUGACGAGUCGACACAAAACCAGUUGUGAAGAAUCUGCUCCUCAGAUUCAUUUAUAGAAUUUGAAGUUGUUUGUCGCAUGAGGUCAAAGUUCUCAUGUCGAUCAUCUUGUGAAGCUGAUCUUUAAACUCUGGUCCUCACGUCCAGCUGCAGAACCACAACGCUAGUUUUAUAGUGACGACUUUAAAACUCUUGUUGAUCCCUGAAACAUUGAGAAAUAUAUCUUACAAUAUUUUACUACAUGACCUUAAGAUAAGAUUUGAAAUGAGACAUCACAAUGAGUCACGUGCCACCAGAAGUUAAAUGUGAUGUGUGAAGAAAUGAGUUGCUAUGGAAACGUGUGUCUGUCCUGUGACGUCUCUGGGUCUUGAUGUAGGACAGAUCUGCAGGUCUCCAUGUUGUCAGCUUGUUAGCUCGGAGCUCAUGAGUGUGGUUAGAAAGCUCUGAUGAAACAGGCUUCUCUUCAUCUUCCUCAUCUUCCUCUUUUAUCACCGGUGAAGGCUCCGUCUCGUCGGUGAGCCGUUUGGUGGAGCUGAGAUGAGUUUGAGGACCGUGUUGAAACAUCUGGAAGUCGACUGGUGUGAGAUCACAAAGCACAGGAUUGGUUGAAUUUAGUGAGUUUGUUGACUGGUCAAGGGAAGUUAAGGCUGAGUGACUUUUAUUUUCAUAUAAAAUGCUAAAGUUCUAUAAAGUACAGCAAGAAGUAUAAUGCAAAGCACAAAUGACUAAAAUAAAAUUAGAACAUAUAUAUAGCAAAUGAUUUGAUUAUCAGAUUCAGCAGUGAAGAGGCAAAGCCUCAAGACCUCAGGACAGAGACACAGUUUCUCCUGGAAAGAGAACGAGUUCCUUUAAAGGUGAAAUGUCUUCUGUCCAUCCAAUUCCAAAUAUUUCUCCAAAAAGCACUUUAAAAAGAAGCUGCACUUUUGUUUUGCUGCUUUGUGAUUGGUCGGCAUAGAGGGACCAGUUCUAACCAUGCCUUUGGUGUUAAGUGACAAUCAUGGGUCCCUGCUUGUAGAAUCCUCUUCUCAACACAAACUCCCGUCAUGGUCAGUGUCCUUUUCUGACCCGUCUCACAUCCGCUCACAUGUUAAUGCAACAUCAUGUUGAAUAAUCACAAACUGAACUUUGUGAAAUGAGCACAAACAUUAGAAGAGUUCACUUUGUGGAGAAAAACAAAGUGAACCAGCUUCACGGGUUCGUUGUUUCAUCUGAUCUGUGAGUUCUGGUUUCACGUUGUAAUUUAGGGACGAAAGAGUUUAGUCUGACAAACGGCGCCUGAUGUGGGGGGGUAGUAGGCUUUCUGUUUGAAUGGAGAAGCUUCAUUUAGUUGCCAUGGUAACAUCAUGGUGGUAUCACUAGCAGCAUCAGCACCUUCAGGCGCA